UAAAAAGCAAGAGAAAUUCGAAGAAAAAUAUGGCCACAAGGAAGCUGCAAAUCACAGCUGUAGCAGCAAUUUUGCUGCUAUCGUUCUCUUCUACCAGUGAUGCCCGGGUCUAUGAUGUCACGAACUAUGGAGCAAAGGCUGAUGGAAGAUCGAGCAUCAACCAAGCUUUGAUGAGCGCAUGGAAGUUGGCUUGUGCAUCAACAAGCCCUAGCAAGAUUGUGAUUCCAAAGGGCACAUUUUUACUAAAAGAAGUGAAAAUUCAAGGCCCUUGCAAGGCCCCAGUGGAGAUUCAGGUCGAGGGCACAGUGAAGGCCCCUGCGAACCCCUUGUCGUUCAAAACCGAUGGUUGGCUAACCUUCAAUUACAUCGAUAACUUCACCUUGUCUGGUGGUGGGGUCUUCGAUGGUCAGGGGAAGAUUGCCUGGGGACAAAACGACUGCCAUAAGAACAAGAACUGCAAGAGGAUUCCUAUGAACAUGAGAUUCAACUUCAUCACCAACGCUUUGGUCCAUGACAUCACGACACUCGACAGCAAGAACUUCCACGUGAACGUAAUUGGCUGCAAGAAUCUCACCUUCCUUAGGUUCACAGUGACUGCACCAGAGAAUUCUCCCAACACCGAUGGGAUCCACAUUGGACGGUCGGAUGGGAUCUACAUAACAGACUCAACCAUCAGGACAGGGGACGAUUGCAUCUCCCUAGGGGAUGGGAGCAGGCAGGUACAUGUGACCGGGGUGAAGUGCGGACCAGGCCAUGGGAUCAGCGUGGGGAGCUUGGGGAAGUACCAGGGCGAGGAACCGGUUUCAGGAUUGUGGGUCAAGAACUGCACUCUCAUCAAUACCCAGAAUGGAGUCAGGGUCAAGACUUGGCCCGCUUCGUAUCCAGGAUCUGUCUCCGACCUGCACUUCGAGGACAUUAAUAUGGUUAAUGUCGGGAAUCCCAUCGUUAUCGAUCAAGUCUACUGCCCGUGGAACCAAUGCCAGGCCAAUAUCCCCUCGCUGGUGAAGAUCAGCAACGUGUCCUUCAAGAACAUCCGUGGGAGCUCUUCGACGGCUACGGCAGUGAAGCUCGCGUGCAGCAGCAAGGUGCCGUGCCAGGACGUGGUGGUGGGAGACAUCAACCUUACAUACAAAGGACCCGAGGCCCCAGCAGCAUCAUGCCAGUGUUCUAAUGUUGCCCCCUCCUUUUUGGGCAAACAGAGCCCCCAAGUUUGCGCCUCAGCUGCUUAAUCCGUAUAUAUCGUUGCACAAUUAUAAAUCAAAGUCAAGGCAAGCAAAUUGAUUUCGAUGCUUCCAAUUUCGUCCUUGAUUUAUUGAUGACCGAAAUGUAAUUUCUGUAAGGUUUUACCAUACGUCUAUAUUCGAUAAUCAGUCUAUCAUUGAUCAUCUACUUGAUAAUAUGGGAUUUCAUAGAAAAAUUGGACCAUCCAUGCAU